GAGCGACGGACGGGACGAACUGUAGCACACUUGCCCCUGGCGAGCACACUGGGUAACUGUUGUCGUCAGACAGUUAGGACGAUGGAUUUCUACCUUCUCGUGGUGUCCGGUGUCAGUACCCUCUCGCUGCGUGGAGGGGAAGCCAAAAAAAUCCAGGUGGUGCGGGCAGGGCCGAGCCGCAGAGUUUUCCGUGGUAGCCGAGCCCGCCCAACCCACGAAAAUCAGAGGAAAAGGGUUAUGAAAACCAUCCGACGACUGUUCACUCGAUUCGUACUCGAGACCGACACUGGACUUGCUUUUCCAGCGGACGUGGUAUCGCCUAAACAGGAGACAGGACACCUCUGAGCUUGAACGCUCUCUGAGAUUGCGACACGCCCAGCAGAAGUCUUGAGAACAUAAUUUGAAUAUGCGUGGAGCGGCGAGGAGACUAGAACCAGUCAAGCAGUGGACAACGCGAGUCUGGAGAAUG